GUCUGGAUUAUAUCAGAACCUCCUGGCUCCGGAAAAUCAACAGUGGCGUCAGAGCUUUGUCGCAGACUGUGGCAAAGUGACGGCACUAGCUCUGUCCUCGGCGCGUCAUUCUUCUUCGACCUUGCUGUGGUGGACUUGUCUACAGCACGAGACUUCUUCUCAACACUGGCUUACCAACUGGCCUAUUCCCAGCCGACCCUCCGUUCUCUUAUUGUCACAGCGGCGCGCGAGCACCGUAGCUCGGGCAAGAACCAGCAAAUGGAAUUCGUGGUGGAUAAGCUCCUCUUGAAGCCCCUCCGCGCGCUUGCACAGUCUCAACAGCAGCAGCCCACGCAUCCUAUCGUCAUCGUUGUCGACGGCGUCGAUGAAUGCGCCGACCACGCGACGGACACCCUCCCGAAGAUGUUGCGUUCUCUCGUCGCAUGUGCCCAAGUGCCCUUGUCGCCAAUUCGCGUCCUCAUCACUACUCGACCGAACACCAUAGUCGACGGCGUCCUCAAUUCAUCGGAGCUCCGAGGGAUCGUUCACCGGCAUCACCUUCACGACCGUCCGGAGACUAUGGCAAGCGAUAUCGCCACCUACCUGCGCGCGAAGCUCGAAGGACUCGAGGCCCUUCAACGGAGCCCCACGAUCGUCAACAAGCUCGCUUCGCACGUCGGCCCGUCGUUCGCAUACGCACAAGCUCUAGCCGACUUC